AAAAAACAAGUGAGUCAAACAAAGAUCCGGGUGAUCUCUACAAUCCUCUUCAUCCUGGCAGGCUGCAUUGUCUUUGUGACCAUUCCUGCAGUUAUCUUCAAACACAUCGAGGGAUGGACAGCCUUGGAGUCCAUCUACUUUGUGGUUGUUACUCUGACUACCGUUGGCUUCGGUGACUUUGUAGCAGGAGGAAAUGCUGACAUCCAUUACCGGGAGUGGUAUAAACCCUUAGUGUGGUUCUGGAUCCUUGUUGGCCUUGCCUAUUUUGCUGCUGUCCUGAGUAUGAUUGGAGACUGGUUAAGAGUCCUGUCCAAGAAGACAAAAGAAGAGGUUGGAGAAAUAAAAGCCCAUGCAGCUGAGUGGAAAGCGAACGUGACGGCUGAGUUUAGAGAGACACGGAGGCGGCUCAGCGUGGAGAUCCACGACAAACUUCAGCGAGCAGCAACCAUCCGGAGCAUGGAGCGCAGGCGCCUGGGCCUGGACCAGCGAGCCCACUCCUUAGACAUGCUGUCUCCAGAGAAGCGCUCUGUCUUUACUGCCUUGGAAACAGGACGCUUCAAGGCCUCAUCUCAGGAAAGCAUCAACAACAGGCCUAACAACCUGCGCCUUAAAGGGUCAGAUCAGCUCAACAAGCAUGGGCAGGGGGCAUCCGAGGACAACAUCAUUAACAAGUUUGGAUCGUCUGCUAAGAUGACCAAGAGGAAAAACAAAGACCUCAAAAAGACCAUCCCCGAGGAUGUGCGUAAAAUUUAUGAGACCUUCCGAAACUACUCCUUGGAUGAAGAAAAAAAGGAAGAGGAGAUGGAGAAGAUGUGUAAUUCUGAGAACUCUUCUAGCACUGCAGUCCUGACCAACUGCAUCCAGCAGCACUCAGACCUGGAGAAUGGAGUGAUCCCCAAUGAAACCAAAGAAAGGGAACAUGAAAACAAAGCAUUACUUGAAGAUAGAAAUUAAAUGUAAAAGAUGCUUGACUUAACAAUGUUAGUGUUUUUAUAUACAUAUAUAUAUUGAGACACGUGCCUUAUACAGACUCCUUAUUCAGUCUGAAUUAUAUAGCAUUGAAGAAUAUUUCACUGUGCCAUAAAGACUCAAGCUUGCUCUGCCAAAACAAAUCAGGAACACAGCACUGCAGAAUGGCAACAGAAAGCUACGAACAUGGAAAUUUCAGCCUGUAUAAGAUUACCAGGGCAAGACACAGAGGAAGAGAUUGAACCAUGGCAAUAUCACCAGAGUGCUCCUACUAUGGCAUAAUAUUAGACAAAGGGCAGCUAUGUAAGAAGAGCCUUUGAAAGGGAUGAAAGAAAGUGUAUCUUUGUAAUGGAGUAUGCAUCCAUAAAGCCUUCCCCUGGUGAUUAAAAAUAGGAGAAACGAUUGGAGUGAACUAGAAACUUUCAGUAAGGCUUAGUUUA